AUGGCGACUUAUUGCAAUAAAUGCACUACUGCAAAUUGCUUGGAGUGUAAUAACAAUAAUGAAUGCGGUAAAUGUAUUGACAACUUUGAGUUGAGUGGAACACCUCCAAUAUGCACUUCUAAAAGUGGAGCGUGUGGAGAUGGGUACUAUGGAGAAGCUGGAAAUUGUCAGAAAUGCAGUGUGAAUGGAUGCAAGAGAUGUAGUGAUGGUGAAACGUGUGAUAUGUGCAGUGAAAUUAUGAAUUUGGAAUUUAACAAAAAAAAGUGUUCGAAUGAUUGCCCAACUGGAUAUUUCGCAGAUAACCAAAAGUGCUUGAAAUGUGACGAUAAGUGCAAUAAAUGUCAAGCGUUGGACAAGGAAAAUGUUAUAAUGAAUGUCCUGAUCACUACUUUGAAGAAAAUGAUAUAUGCAACAAAUGCAAAAACAAUUACCUAA